UCAUCUAUUCUCUUGUGUUCUAAUCUUUCUAAAAAAAUGUCUCUCACAAAAAUAUCACUGUUGCCUAUAUUGGCUCUCUGCUUGAUAUCUGCACAAGCAGCAAGGUUUGACAUUGUCAACCGAUGCUCCUACACCGUCUGGCCAGCUGCCACUCCCCAUGGCGGCGGUGUAAGGUUGGACCCAGGCCAAACAUGGAGCCCAGACAUCCCAGCUGGAACCGCAUCGGGCCGAGUUUGGGGCCGAACCGGUUGCAAUUUCGACAGCUCAGGCCACGGUAGUUGUAAAACUGGUGACUGCGGCGGUGUCCGUGCUUGCACCUUAUCCGGUCAACCUCCUCUCACACUUGCUGAAUUCACGCUUAACGGCUUUAAUAAUUUGGAUUCUAUUAAUCUAUCUAUAAUUGAUGGUUUCAACGUUCCAAUGCAAUUUAGUGGAUGCGACAAAGUAAAAACUUGUAGGGAUGCUUCUUGCCCUGAUGCUUAUCAUAAUUCUGGUGAGGGUCAAAAAGUGGCUUCAUGCCCUGGUGGUACCAACUAUAGAAUAGUCUUUUGCCCUUGAAAUAUGUGUUGAACUUAUAUAGAAACCACCCUUUUUAUGUUUCUUCUUUCUAACGUGAAGAAACUAAUAUAGAAUAAUACUGGGUGUCUGCAGUACUACGUGUAAUAUACUACUAAUAUGUACAAUGUAUUGCUUUAGUUACUCCUGAAAUUAUAAAUAUAUAAUUUCUUGAGUUUGCAAUAUGGAAUAAAUUGUUUUACUUA